UUACUUUGGCUUUGUCUCGUUUCUGUUGUGGGGGUUUGAUGAAGGCCAGAAAAUAUCUACUUUUAUUCUUUAUUUCUUCUUCCUUUCUUUUUUGAUAAAUUGAUUAGAGUAUUGGGAUUUCAAUCGCAGGGAAGAAAUGGCCAAGGCCCACAUGCAAAAUUAACCCAUCUUCAAAUUGAUCUCUCUCUCUCUCUCUCUCUUUCUCUUGCCUUUACAACCUCAUUCGAUCCUUCCGUAGUAGCUCAAUGUGCAGAGAUUGUUUCAUUUUUCAUCUUUUUUAAUUUUUAUUUUGAUUUACUCUAGUUCAGAAGAUUCACAAUGAUUAGUCCUUAGGUUGUUAUUUUCAAUAGAUUUUCCAUUGCCUUUAUUCUGUGUUAUUUUACCUUUCCUAAUGUUAAUCUUGCUUAAUGAUGUGAGCUCUUGUUAAUCUUGAUAUAAUGGGCCUUAAGCUUAUUCUUCAUUUGUCGCUAUUCCUUAUAUCUGGUUUUUUGUAUCUGUUUUUGCAGGUAUUCCUCUUUCCAACUUAUGUCUGGUUUUUUAUUUUUUGGUUUUUGUUGUUGGACUUUAUAAUUUCACGAAGAUCAGGCGUCAUUGAUUUGUGUUAUUUGUGAUUUCUUGGUUCUUUUUCCUUUAUUUCAAGUCAAGUUAAUAAGACCUUAUUUAGUUUUUUCUGUCCAUCGAAAUUCAUUAAUAUAGCGCCUCACAUGGCUUACUCUGCCACUUUGCAAGUGUUUCUCAUCAAAUUCUGCAUCCUUUUCAUUCCUCAUGCUAUCUUAUGCUUCUUACUAGUUUAUAUUUAUCUCUCUCUCUUUCUAUCAACUUGUUGAGAUCCCCCUUUAUCAUGGUCGUGCAUGGAAUGUCUUGUUUCUGGGAAAUUAUCAAUUUUCCCAUAAGAGAAGAACAAUUUAACAUUUUACCCUUGUCUGGUCAUAUAAUUUCAAAAUGCGCAUGUGAAACAAAUGGUCUUGAGUUGGAAUAGUUGCAAAUGGCUAAAAGCUUAAAUUGUUUCUCUUGUCGGUAUCUUGAUAAUUUCCCUUCUUUUUUUUGUGUAAUAUCACUUGUAAUGCCAGCUCCAAACUAACAGUUAAUUGAUCGACAACCAUGCCCUUUUGAAAUUUACAUUAAAACAAGAUCUGUAUGUUCACUAACACCUUGGUUAAACAUGAGUUUCUGUUUUUUAUGCUCUCUUUUACAUCAAAUGAUCUAAGAUUGACACACCUUAUUCAUUCUUUAUCUCCUUUAUUUGCUAUAAAUAAUGAUUCCUUUUCUUGUUCCUUUUGGACAUUUUCUUGUGGAACACAUUUGAUCUUGCAGAAGAGAAAAGCAAAUUCAAAACAAGUAUGAUGCCUGGAAAUGGAGAUCAAGUUGGUGGAUCAAGGAAUGAUGUCUUCGACUCCCAAGAUUGCAAGGAUGGGAUCCUUAGUGUGAAAGGGCGACUUCAAGGAAAAGACAUUGAAUGGAUAACAGAGUUUUUCAGCAGUUUCGGAUAGCAUAUGAGCACUUUAGCGACAUGGUUAUCUUUGACUCCACAUAUAAGAUUAAUUACUCCGGAGUGUGCCCCAUUUUUUGACCAUCAUAAUGAUAUCAUAUGUUUUGGGUGUGAAUUGUUGAGCAAUGAAACAAAGAGUUCCUUUGUUUGGCUGUUUAGUCAAUGGCUCGAAGCAAUGGAUGCAUGCCAAUCAGGCUCAAUUAUUACCAACCAAGAUCCAGCAAUGGCAGCUGCAAUUGCACAAGUACUCCCAAGAACUCGUCAUCUUUUUUGUAAAUGGCAAUUCCCGAGAAAGUUCCCAAAGGAGUUGGGCCCAUGGGUACCCACAAUUUAAGGAAGAUUUCGUUAAAUGCAUAGACGCGAAUGUGACAAUAAAAGAGUACAAAUCCAGUCGGUCAACUCUUGUCGAUAAAUAUGAACUUAGGGAGGAUUACUAGCUCAAAAAUUUAUAUAAAUGCCGUGCUCAAUGGGUGGGAGUGUACUUGGAAAGACUUUUUUUCUCAGGAAUGACUGCUAAACGGCGAGGGUAUGCUAUAAAUGAAUAUUUUGGUCCAUAUGUGAAGUCACAUACGAGCCUCCAAAUGUUUAUAACUGAAUGCCAAAGAGCAAUAGACAACCGGUCCGAGAAAGAGAUGGAGGCACAUGUGAACACAUUCAAGUCCAAACUGGUUCUCAGGACGCCAUUUAUCGCUGGGAAGCAAGCAGCAAAUAUUUACACCCAUGAGAUAUUUGAAGAAUUUCAGACGGAAUUAGUAAAAUCUUCUAAUGCCAUUUCAAAUAAACUAGAAGAGGAUGGGCCAGUUACUACCUUUAAGGUGACGGAAUUUGAGGAUAGAACGUUAUCCCAUAUUGUUACAUUCAAUGCUUCAGAAAUGAAUGCAAAUUGUAUCUGCCACUUGUAUGAAUCUUUUGGCAUUCUUUGUGCACAUAUACUUAAGGUUUUUAAUAUGUGCAAUGUUAUGGAGCCCCCUUCUCAUUACAUAAUGAAGCGUUGGACAAGGAAUGCAACAAAGGUGGAUACUGUUGAUGAACACAGCGACCAAGUAUGCAGUCAUUCUCAAGAGACCCAAAAUGUACGCUAUAAUCAUCUAUGUCGUCAACUCACCAAAAUUGCGAUCAUGGGGUCAAGAAGUAUGGCUGCUUAUGAAUUUACAAUGCAUGGUCUUCAAAGAUUGGUCAAUGAGAUUGCUACUAAAAAGUGCCUCGGGACCACCUCACAGCAUGCAACUUUGAGCCAUAGUAACGUUAAUGAGGAUGUCAAUCAAACAUCAGAAACUGACUCAUACGUGGUGUGUUAUCCACAAUGUGAAGAAGGGCUACCUACUAUCAACACACCGGAACCUGGAAGGGAGGAGGAGAAAAAGAAAAGGAAAUGUUAUGUAUGCAAGGGAAGUGGUCAUGACAGGCGCAAUUGUCCAAUAUUGAGAAGUGCAAUGGCCAGUUAUAAGCUUCAUAAGUGCAUCGUUUAAUCUCAGCAUUACGGGGCCAAGGACUAGCGACUAGCUUGUGUGUUGGGUCAUAACCAGCCAGGGCCUUCUUUCUUUCUGGUGGAUCUAGUGGAUGAAGCAAAAGUGUGUUGAACAGAGGAGGAUUUUUGGGAUGCUACUGAUCAAUGAAAAGCUGUAUGCCAAAUGUGUAGCUGGAUUCAUGAGGCUUCAAGCCAAAGGAUCCUAUAUUUUCUUGUUGUGGAAAUCAAAUUCCUGUUAAGAUUUAUAAUCUCUCUCUCUCUC